AUGCUUCGUUCCGUCAUCCCAUUCGUUACGAGGGCUGGGAGCUCUUUCAUUAAGGCUACUUCCUUGGCCUCUAAUGCUGCUCGCCACAUUUCAACGACGAAUAAAUACUAUGCUCAAUCGCCCGAAUUUUCUAGCAUCUUAGAAGAGAGAAUUCUUGGCCAAUCGCAGCAAGUAAAUUUGGAAGAGACCGGUCGCGUCUUGAGCAUUGGUGAUGGUAUCGCUCGUGUCUACGGUUUGAAUAACAUCCAGGCAGAAGAGAUGGUGGAAUUCUCUUCCGGUUUGAAGGGUAUGGCUCUCAACUUGGAACCCGAUAACGUUGGUGUUGUCGUUUUCGGUAACGAUAAGCUCAUUAAAGAAGGCGAUAUCGUAAAACGAGCUGGAGCUAUCGUAGAUGUUCCUGUUGGUGAGGAGCUUUUGGGUCGCGUUGUCGAUGCUCUUGGUAAUCCUAUCGAUGGUCUUGGUGCCAUCGGAGCCAAGAAACGCCAACGGGUUGGUAUUAAGGCUCCUGGUAUCAUUCCACGAACCUCCGUCAAAGAACCCAUGCAAACUGGUAUGAAGGCCGUUGAUAGUUUAGUCCCAAUUGGUCGUGGUCAGCGUGAGUUGAUCAUUGGUGAUCGUCAGACUGGUAAAACUGCUAUUGCUAUCGACACCAUCAUCAAUCAAAAGCGCUUCAAUGAGGGGGCUGACGAAAAAAAGAAGCUUUAUUGCAUCUACGUUGCUAUUGGUCAAAAGCGUUCGACAGUCGCUCAACUUGUAAGGCGUCUCACAGUUGCUGACGCCAUGAAGUACACUAUUGUCGUCUCAGCUACUGCAUCUGAUGCUGCUCCUUUGCAAUAUCUUGCACCUUAUUCUGGUUGUGCCAUGGGAGAGUAUUUUCGUGACAAUGGAAAGCACGCAUUGAUUAUUUAUGACGAUCUUUCCAAACAGGCUGUUGCUUAUCGUCAAAUGUCUCUCCUUCUGCGCCGCCCUCCAGGUCGUGAGGCCUAUCCUGGUGAUGUCUUUUAUCUUCAUUCUCGUCUUCUCGAACGUGCUGCUAAAAUGAGUGAUCAAUAUGGCGGUGGUUCAUUGACUGCUCUCCCUGUUAUUGAGACUCAGGCUGGUGAUGUGUCUGCCUACAUUCCGACUAACGUUAUAUCUAUCACUGAUGGUCAAAUCUUCCUUGAAAACGAAUUGUUCUUCAAGGGUAUCCGUCCUGCUAUCAACGUCGGUCUCUCUGUUAGCCGUGUCGGUUCUGCUGCCCAAACGAAGGCCAUGAAACAGGUCGCCGGUCGCAUGAAGUUGGAGCUUGCCCAGUAUCGUGAAGUUGCAGCCUUCGCUCAAUUCGGUUCAGAUCUCGAUGCUACUACUCAAGCUCUUCUCAACCGUGGUGUCCGUUUGACUGAACUCUUGAAACAGGGCCAAUAUGUCCCAAUGGCAAUUGAGGAACAAGUUGUGGUUAUCUAUGCCGGUGUUCGUGGUCAUCUAGAUAAGAUGGAUCCAUCAAAGAUUACCAAAUUCGAACAAGAUUUCUUGAAAUAUUUCCAGGCCAACCAUCAGGAUAUCUUGAAGACCAUCCGAGAGGUUGGUGAAAUAUCUCCCGAGUUGGAUGAGAAACUGAAGACCAUUGUUACUGACUUCUUGGCUAGCUAUCAAUCAUAA